AUGGCUUCGUCGCCGGAAAUGCAUCACCAGCAACACCAGCAGCUUCAUGAGGCAGCCGCACCCUUGCCGCUCGAGAUGAAAUCGGAAGGUGCGCCUCCACCAGAGCUCGCCACCAUGACGAACGUGAUCGUGCUGGAUCUGCAUAAAGAUUUCAACGGAGCUGCUGCUGCUCCUGCUGGGGAAGGUGCCACUGGAAAUGGUGGUACUACAGUCACUUCACCGCAUAUCGUUCACGACGGCGCCACGGACAUGAGCCUGCCGGAUGAUGGCACAACUGAGAAGGUGUAUGACAAAGAGACUAACACCGUUUACGUGUACACAACGGCCGCUGGUGCAGGAGCACAUAAGUUGGUCACUAGUGGGCACCAUCAUCAUCAGCUGACGACGAUCGUGCACGGACAGCAACAACAGCAACAGCAGCAACAGCUAGCCUCUCCGGAUCAGCUGCAUCAAGCUGAGCACCACACGGUGGCUGAACAGAAUCUGCUGCAUGCACGGUUGAUUCAGCAACACCAGCAACAAUCAGCAGAUGAUCAGCAACACUUGCAGCGCAUGUCGCCCGUAGAUCAGCAUCAACAGCAACAUCAUCAACACGUACACCCUGACGAUGGUGGCAUCAUCGAUGCCCACCGAUUGUUGCCGGCAACGAUCAGCGGUAAUGACGGUGGGUCUGCUGAUCAGCAGCAACAGCAGCAGGCGCAUCACCUCGGUCGGUUGUCACCCGAAGAUCAACAGGGUGGUGUUCGGCUGCUCGAGGAUAGCCACAUUCAGCGGCUGCUGGGUAACCAGGAGAUCAUCAGCCGCGACAUCAUCAACGGCGAGCAUCACAUUAUCACACGCAACGAGAACGGCGAAACGAUCCUGACACGCAUCGCCAUCUCAACUGCGGAUCAGCUGCUGAACCGGAUGGACAACAGCAUCAUCUACACGACGACUGGUGGCGCCGGAAGUGCUGGUGGUGCCAUCGUGGGUGUUAGCCCGCAGGAGCAACUUCCGACGACGGUGUUGCAGUACGAGAAGGAUGUGGAGGAUAAGCACCAGCAGCCGCAACAUCACGGUCAUCAGGGCCAUGGACAUGGACCGCAAACGAUCUAUACGACGGGAACACCGGCAGGAUCGGAUCCGGUGCAGGCGAAACAGAUUGUGUACACGCUUGGUGGCGGUGAACCGAAGAACGUUAUCUAUGGGGAUCCGAAAGCGGCUAUGCCUCACUUUGAUGGUGGUGCUGGUGGUGGAGGUGGCGGUGCUGGUAGUGAUGGAGGAGGUGCUGGCUCUGGGGAGGACCAGAAGCCACAGAUCGACUACGUAUACAACGAGGGCAACAAGACGGUCAUCUACACCGAUCAGAAGGGUCUUGAGAGCCUGUACGCGAACAACGAGCUGGGGUUGAUCGAUGGCACACAGAUUGUGGUGCAGGGAAAUCUGCAAUAUACGCAGCAGCAGGGUCCGGAUGGUACAACGGUGUACGUGGUGUCAUCGGAUAUGAACCCGGAGGACAUUACUGGUCUGCAGCAAAGCACCAACUCGACCGCGAAGCUCAAUGGACAGGCCCUGCAGGCAAUGGACUUGCUGCUCGGUGCUCAUCCAUCAUCGCAGGCGUUAAAUGUUAAACGCGAACCGGAAGACCUCCGUAAGGAGCCGAAAAACCCACGGAAUCAAAAGGUUUCGUCGCCCUCGCAGCAUAUUACAGAACCUCCACCCAGCCCUGGAAGUCCUUCAACGGAAACCAUGUAUGCUGCCCCCGGCAGCACGCAGAUCUACCUGCAGGGUCCUUCCCAUCAAAACAGUUCAGCAGCGACCGGCAGUUCCAAUGUGAACACGAAUUCACCCAGUCCCAGCUCUUACGCGCAAUAUGACAUGUAUCCGCCGAACAGACUUGGCCCUGCGGGGUCAACGUUCAUCACAGAGCCGUACACAUACCGCGAGUAUUUCGACAACCAGGGAUAUGCACCGGCCCGGACCAUCUAUGGGACGGCAGCCGAUUCCGACGGUCCACAGCCGGCCACGACCUACGAGGGUCGUUUCACCAAGACCGGCUCGAUCUACACCAAGACGAUCACCUCGGCUGGUUUGACGGUGGAUCUGCCCAGUCCCGACUCGGGUAUUGGUGCGGAUGCGAUCACACCGCGCGAUCAGAACAAUGUCCAGCAGCAGUUUGACUACGCGGAACCAUGCCAGGCACCGAUUGGUAUGGUCGAUCCGAACGCUGCCGGUCACAUACCGGCCUGUGUCGCCAGUUUGCAACGUAACUUGGCCAUCAACGGGAGUCAACCGAGUCCGACUACGUCGUUGGGUGGAUCUUCGACGGCCGUGGCUGCGGCAGCAGGUGCAGCGGCAGCUCCUCGAUCCCGUCCUUGGCACGAUUUUGGCCGCCAGAAUGAUGCUGACAAAGUUCAGAUACCAAAAAUAUACACCGACGUUGGUUUCAAGUACUAUCUGGAAAGCCCGAUCAGCUCGUCCCAGCGCCGGGAGGACGAUCGGAUAACGUACAUCAACAAGGGACAGUUUUACGGUAUCACGCUCGAGUACGUGCACGAUCCGGACAAGCCGCUCAAGAAUCAAACCGUCAAGAGCGUCAUCAUGCUGCUGUUCCGCGAGGAGAAGAGCCCGGAGGACGAAAUUAAAGCCUGGCAGUUCUGGCACAGCCGGCAGCACUCGGUGAAGCAGCGGAUCUUAGAUGCCGACACGAAGAACUCCGUCGGGCUAGUCGGUUGCAUCGAGGAGGUAUCGCACAACGCGAUCGCCGUCUACUGGAAUCCUCUCGAGAGCUCUGCCAAGAUUAACGUCGCCGUCCAGUGCCUGAGUACCGAUUUCAGCAGUCAAAAGGGUGUUAAGGGUCUGCCGUUGCACCUUCAGGUCGACACGUUCGAGGAUCCGCGCGAUACGAACGUUUUCCACCGGGGUUACUGUCAAAUCAAAGUCUUUUGUGAUAAGGGUGCUGAACGUAAGACACGCGAUGAGGAACGGCGAGCGGCGAAGCGCAAGAUGACCGCCACCGGCAGGAAAAAGCUCGACGAACUGUACCACCCGGUGGUGGAUCGGUCCGAGUUCUACGGCAUGAGCGAUCUGAUGAAACCACCCGUACUGUUCUCGCCCUCCGAGGACAUCGAUAAGCUUACAUCGAUGGACAUGCAGUUCUACGGUCACGAUGCGGACUCACUGUCCGGCACCUCGGACAACGUCAAAUCGCCCUUCCUGCUGCACGCCAACAAACCGGCAACUCCGACGCUGAAGUUCCACAAUCACUUCCCUCCGGACGUACCGACUGAUAAGAAGGAUCCGAGCAUCAUAAUGGACGGUUCAAUGGUAGCGAACUCGAUGGUCGACUUUACGCCUCAGAUCAAGCGCCAGCGAAUGACGCCACCUCUCAGCGAGCGUGUCAUGUUGUACGUGCGCCAGGAAAACGAGGACGUUUACACACCCCUGCACGUGGUGCCUCCGAGCACGGUCGGGUUGCUCAAUGCGAUUGAAAAUAAAUUCAAAAUUUCUUCAUCGAGAAUUAACACUAUUUAUCGCAAAAAUAAGAAAGGAAUUACGGCGAGAAUUGACGACGACAUGAUCAGACACUACUGCAACGAGGACAUCUUCAUCCUGGAGGUCCAGCGGUACGAAGAGGACCUGUACGCCAUCACGUUAACGGAGCUGCCCACACACUAA